AUGACGCGGCCUUCCAGAGCAACGGACAGACAACGCCCCCCGGCCAUUCUGGUAGAGACCGGCAAGUCAGAGUUUCCAGAGCUAGUCAAAAAAAUUCGUGGCGGCGUGAACCGCGAGGUUACUGGCGACCAUAUCGUUGGGAUCAGGCAAACCAAGGCAGGAAGCUUGCUGAUCGAACUGAAGGGAGACCAACAGCAGAUCGAAGUUGUCCGUGCGGAGGUCUCGAGAACAGCCAGAGAGAACGUAGAAAUAAGAUCCCUACACCAAAAGACUAUGGUGGAAAUCAGGGACCUGGACCAAUGGUCCGACAGCGAGGAGGUAGCAGGUGCUGUGGCGUUCGAGACUGGGAUAAACCGGGAUGCGAUAAAGGUCGUUAGCGUCAGGAAACGGUUUGGCGGCACCCAGCCGGCUAUGGUGUUGGUGCCUUCAGCGGCGUGCAAGAAGAUGCUAGCGCACUGCCGUAUACGUGUCGGGCUUGUAAACUGUAGGGUCAGGCUGGGCGGAUCGAGGAUAAGAUGUUUCAAGUGCCUCUCCUUCGGACACAUGUCCAAAGAGUGUAAAGGCCCAGACAGAAGCUCAUGCUGCAGACGUUGCGGCUCUACUGGUCACAGAGCGGCAGGAAUAGUAUGUAUUUGUAUGUUCACAGCACUUUUGGGCAGGGAGAUUUUAAAAGUUUAA